UCGGUUUUGAUAUUGGAGAUUCAGAGUUUGACGUGGUGGUUGAUUUAUCGUUGAACGGUUAAGGAGAUUUUCGGAUGAUUGUGCAUGGUGGGUCGGUGACGGAUCUGAGAUUUAUUUGGAGAAUAUAAGUGUUCAGCCAUUGAUUUGGAAUCGUGAUUUGAUUCAAAUUUUAAGCUUGGGCGGAAGAUCGGGAGUAGAUAUUUCGACGAGCUCUAUUUGGGUAAUAUGGAUAUUGCGUUGCCAUUGGAUAAAUUAUCUCUAGGAGCCUCAGAAACUAAAAUCGAGGGCAAAAUGUAUGUCGUUCUUGUGUCAACUGGAAGUUUCAAUCCUCCUACUUACAUGCAUUUGCGUCUUUUUGAGCUGGCAAGAGAUGCAUUAAAUUCAGAAGGCUUUUGUGUUAUUGGAGCUUAUAUGUCACCUGUGAAUGAUGCAUACAAGAAAAGGGGCCUUAUAUCUGCUAAACAUCGUAUCGAAAUGUGUCAUCUAGCUUGCAGAAGUUCUGGAUUUAUAAUGGUGGAUCCCUGGGAGGCAAAUCAAAGUACCUUCCAACACACAUUGACUGUUUUAUCUAGAAUCAGGAGUGUCUUAUGUGAGGGCGGACUCAUAUCUGAAGACUCCCUUAAGGUCAUGCUCAUCUGUGGCUCUGAUCUGCUAGAAUCUUUUGGAAUUCCUGGAGCUUGGAUACGUGAGCAGGUCAGGACUAUAUGUAGAGACUAUGGUGUGGUUUGUAUACUCAGAGAAGGUCAAAACAUUGAGAAGAUUAUCUCAGACGAUGACAUUUUGAAUGAGUACAAGAACAAUAUCAAAGUUGUGGAUGAACUUAUACCAAACCAAAUCAGUUCGACAAGAAUAAGGAAUUGCAUUUCGAGAGGUUUGUCAGUCAAAUAUUUGACAGCAGAUGGAGUAAUUGAUUAUAUGCAAGAGCACAAUCUAUAUUUGAAUUCCACGGACUAACGUUGAUCCAACAGACAUCAAGCUUUGGAAUAUGACAAGCAGUACAUUGUUAUUUAUGUAUUUUACAAAGCAUUUUUUGUAAUGCGAGACAAAUUUAAUAAUAUACUAGUCACAUUCGAGUUUGGGUUAAAAUAAAUAGUAACUCUUAAGUAAUUGAAGAAAAUGCUUGGUUGUGGUUGUUUCGUAUUCAUAAAGCGAAAUUUAUUUAGAAUGUGAAGGGGCUCUAUAAUUAGUCUUAAAAAACUUAGAAUUUGAGCGUUAGUGCUGUAUUAAUAUGAAAAAAUCUUGUGAGGUCUCAAGGAGUUUGAAAUGAAAAAUGAUUUUUGGUAGAAGAAAUAGAUAUUGCUUUGUCGGGUUUCUCUCGGGGGUUUCUCUCGGGCAAUGAAAUUAACUUCAACAUCUCAUAUAGACGCACGAGUACUUAUAUAUAUAUAUAUAUGCAUGUACGUCCCAAGCGACACUUGAUUUUAGAUCUCUCUAAUUUCCUUAUCCACACAUAUAAAUUACACACACACACACACACACAUAUAUAUAUAUUGUAUGCUUCAAGAAUGACUGAAGCCAAAAAAAAAAAAAAAAAAAAAAAAAAAAAAAAAAACCUAGGGAGAGAAAAUGAAUAAAGAGGAAAAGGCAAACUACAAUUAUAUUUCCUCUGAGGUUCGACAUAAUUGCAACUAAAUUUAAAGUUUGCCAUUUUUUUGCAAAGACACCCCAUGUCAGAUUUUGCUAUGAAUUUAUUUAUAUGCCCUCAUUAUUAUAUUUUAAAAAAUAAACAAAAAAUUUGAGUAUGUUAAAUGACUGUGUUACCCUUUUAACUUAUAACCACACAAAGUUGCACAUAUCACUUCGUCUCGAACUCAGUCGCCACAAAUCCACUACGUUCUCACGUUCUCAUUACGAUUGUGUUGCUCGUCAUCAUCUUCAACAGUACUGUGUUCCUGAGGUGCGGGUGAGAUCAACACUGGCCAGGUAUCGUAAUAUUCAUCUUUACAUUGGAUGUUCAUGUUCGACUUUCAUCUUCAUCUCCAUCUUGGUUCACAAAUACAUUGUCUUCGAUUUUAGGGUUUGUGUUGGUAUUUGUUUUAGGGUUUAUUUCAAAAUUUUAUUUACGAUUUGAUGAAAUUGGGGUUCUGAGGUUAAUAAUUUUUAGGGGGUUUUUGUAGCGUUACAAGUACUUGUAAUUUUUUUCAUCUUCAUCUUAGGGGUUUCUUUCGAUUUUAGGGUUUAUUUUAGGGUUACCUUUAUUUCAAAAUUUCUUUCUGAUUUGAUGCAAUUAAGGUUCUCUGGGUUAAUAAAUUUAUUUUUGAUGAUAUUAAUUACGAUUAUUUUUAUAUUUUUCUUCUAUCUUCGUCUUCAUUUUGGGAGUUUAUUUUCGAUAAUGUGAUAUUAUGGUUAUAUUAAUUUAAAAUUACGGUUUUCUUAGUUGUUUUUUUUCUCUUUCCUUAGUUGAUAAUAUUUCUGUGAAUUCUUUAGUGUUAAUUAACUUUCUGGAUUACUUAACUUUCUGGAUUACUGGAUUUUUGUUUUUAUUCUUAAUCUUCUAGGUUCUGCAAUGGACUUUCUACAUACUUUGUUGGUUGACUAUCAUGGUCACAUUCAUCUAUUGAGUAAUAUAGACCCUAACAGGUAUAAUUUCCUAGAGCUUAUUUCUGAUGCAUGUGAGGCUGCACUUAGUAAUGUUCCUACACAGUCUGGGCUAUCAAUGAAGUUGUACUGCCUUGAUAAAGGUUCCCCAAAUGAAAAAAAAUAAUAAUAAUAGAAGGAGAUUUAGACGUCCUUGAGAUGUUUCAAAUGUAUGCAAGUCUGUAAACAUAGAUAUCUUUCUAGAAGUUCAUGAAAUUGAUGAACGUUUGACUGUAAUCAGAGAUGAUAAUGUAGAUGAGAAUGAGGCUAUUCACAAUGUGAGCCCACAAAAUGGAGGUGGACAGGAAGAGGGUGUAGAGAAUGCAACUGCAGAGGAUAUGAAUUCUGAUGAGAGUGAUGAAGACUACGUUUUCAGUGGGGAUAAUGAGGAUGAAAUUUAUAUUGUGGUUGAUCCAGUUCACCUAGAGGUUGAGAGCCUUGAUGAUGAUAGUGAUUCUAGGCUUUCUGAUUACAAUUCCAGUGAAGGUGGGGGGGAUUUUUCUGAUAGUAGUCUUGAAAUAGAAGGGAAAACGGUUAAUGUCCACAAGUAUAUAAAGGGUAAAAGGUUUAGGUAUGGUGAUAAUGGUAAAAUAGAGUUGGAAAAAGCUCUUUUGUUUUUGUUUGACGAUGUCAACCAUUUUAGGAAGGUGUUAAGGGAAUAUGCUGUCCAAAAUUGUUUUAGGCUUGUUAGAAAUAAGAAUGAGAAGGCUAGGGUAAUUGCCCAUUGUGGCAGUGAAGGCUGCAAUUGGCGAAUUCGUGGCACCCCUUUAGUUGACAAGGUAACAUAUAAAAUAAAAACACUUGGCCCUGACCAUACUUGUGUAAGGGUGAACAAACUCAAAUAUGUUACUUCAUCUACAGUAACUUGUAGCAUUUGCAAUACUGUGGGGCACAACAAAAGAGGAUGCCAAAGGGCACCAACAGCUAGAGCAGCAAGAGAAGCAGCUACAGGUCCUUCAAGAGCUGCAUGUCCAUCAAAAGCUACAACAAGCAGAGGGAGAGUUGGUGUCAAAUGUAGAUGGUCAUGGUGGCAACAGUGGCAAAAGACCUAGAGUUGGGAGAGGUGGCAACAAUACUCGGUCCAGUGUAUGUCAUUUUAGUAUAUAAUUAGUUUUUUUUUU